UGUGUUACGUCGGUCAAAUUUCUUCACUUUGAAGAUUAAUUUAAGUAACUUUGCCGCUGGGACUGAAAUACCACCUAAAGCUACUGGAUGUUUUUGUGUAUGUGGUUAAAUCCCGCGUCCUUGGCAGACAAUCACGGCUGAACGCUCGGUGAAACUCAGUUGAAGACAAACACUAUGAAUGUAGCGUUAUUUAUUGCUUCAUUCCUCUUCGUCCGUGCGCAAUGUGCCAAAAUCUUGGGAGUUUUUGCCGCUCCUGGCUACAGCCAGUUCAUCCUGGGCGAAGUUUUGAUGACCGAACUGGCAAAAAGAGGACACCAAAUUACAGUGAUCAGUCCAUACCGACCUAAAGAUGAACCUCCGAAUUACAAGACCAUCUUAACAAAGGAAGUGAUUGGAGAUACCAAUGGUGACGAUAGUUUAUGGAACCUCGAGUCCCAAAGUUUAUUUAAGAAUAUCAUGUCAACAUAUGAUUACGAAAACGGAAUUACUGAAAAGACGUUACAAAACAAAGAAGUGCAAGAACUGUUGCAGUCGAAUGAACAUUUCGAUUUAGUGAUAGUGGAGCAGUUUUUCAAUGACGCGCUGAAAGGUUUCUCUGCUCAUUUUAAAGCACCUUUGGUGUUGUUCAGUUCGAUGGGUUUGACAGAGUGGAAUAGGGAAUAUAUGGGGGUGCCGAUGCUACCAUCAAUGAAUGCAGUGUCCUAUACGCAAUAUACAAACAGGAUGACAUUUUUCCAACGAAUACGGAAUCUAUAUGGAACCAUUUUUGAUUACUUGUAUCGACGCUACUUUUUCUAUCCAGUGCAACGCAAAUUUUUGGCCCAAUACUUCCCGUCGUCUUUGGAUUUUGACAAGAUUUUAUACAACGCUAGUCUAAUGUUACUCAAUUCGCACGUUACAACGUCAGAAAAUACUCUUUUACCCUAUAACAUGGUCGAGAUUGGAGGCUUUCACGUCAUUAACAAACCCCUAGACAAAGAAAUACAGACAUUCCUAGAUGGUGCCACAGACGGUGCUAUAUUAUUCAGCCUAGGUUCAAAUCUACACAGUUCCGAUUUAUCUCAAGACACACGAAACGCCAUAUUCCAGGUUUUUGCUAAACUCAAGCAAAAAAUUUUGUGGAAAUUCGAAACGGACCUACCCGACAAGCCCAAAAAUUUGUUUAUAGCGAAGUGGUUGAAACAGAGAGAUAUUUUAGCCCACCCUAAUGUAAAACUGUUUAUUACUCACGGUGGUUUGCUAAGUACGGAGGAAGCCAUCUUCAAUGGGGUUCCUAUGGUCGGGAUACCCGUUUUUGCUGACCAGAAGAUGAACAUGGCAAGAGCUAAAAGCAACGGCGUUGCAUCUGUGGUGUCUUUUUCGAAGUUGUCCGAAGAAACACUUUUUGAAGCAGUGAAUGAAACGUUGAAAAAUCCCAGUUACAGAAAUAAUGCUAAACGGCUGUCUAGCAUGAUCAAGGAUAGACCCAUUCAGCCUUUAGAACUGGCCAUGUACUGGAUCGAGUACACAAUGAGGCACAGUGGAAUGACUUUCAAACCCUCUAGUUUAUAUCUUUAUUGGUUUGAAAUGUAUAUGGUUGAUAUUGCUUGUUUUCUUUUAAUUAAUAGUUUGGUUGUUUUCUUGGUUAUUUUUGGUCUCAUGCGCAUUUGCAAAUCUAAAAAGAGUGAUAAACAGAAGAAGCAAUAGUGGUGAUAUUUUUUUAGUUAUUUUAAUUUAUGCCUGGGUUGGUUUCUGUUAUUUAUUGUUUAUCCCCACCAACACAGUCUGUAGCAGUUUUAUAACAAAAAUAUAAUGUGAUUAUGAUGUUGCUGUUA